GACGUCUUGCCGCUGCCCCUGGCCAGGGUGAUGAUCGUAUUUAUCAUACAGUGCAACUCGUCAUCUGGAAACCAGCGAUAUCUUGAUCACAGCGAGUCAAUCGUUGACGAUGGAAUUCCUUAAAGGAGUCGAUGGCGUGGAGCGUUCGGCGAGUGAUCCAGUACAGUCGUAUAUGAUCAAAGGUGGGAGUUGGUCGACCGCAACACUCAAGCACUACAACGCUGGUGUAUCCAAACUGGUGGCCUUCGCAUUAGAAAACAACAUUCCAAGGAGCCUCCUGUUACCAGUCAAUACAACUGUUCUAUCUCACUGUCGGGUGUGAAGGCCUGGCACCUUUUCCACGGCUACGAAUACCCUCACGAAGUAACUCCGAAAAUAGAAGCCAUCCUGAAGGCAGCCAAAAAGCUAGAGCUGAAGGACGAACCUAAACUGGCAAAGAACCCAGUUACGGUCGCCUUAGUUGCGUUUUGGGAGAUGGCGAGGCUCGGAGAGCUCGUGAAGGCUUCGUGUGUUGCAGAUCAAGUGAAGGUCAAAGAUAUCAUAUGGGAUCCGAAUCAAAAAUUCUUGAAAAUCAAAAUUUGAGCAGCCAAGACGGCAGCCGUUGGCGAGCUGCAGG